AUGGGUCUACGAUUAAAGGCAUACCUCGGUAUUCUGGUGCUCUUGGUUGCGUUUUGCACUUGUGCACCCACUUUGGAGGCCGAGCUAGACUACGGGACUUUCCAAGGAUCAUAUUCGGCAAGAUAUAACUUGAGUUACUGGCAGAAGAUACCUUUCGCCGCUCCUCCUGUUGGACAAAAUCGUUUCAGAGGACCACAGCCACCUAUUCCUAUCACUAAUGGCACAUACAACUCGACACAACCCUUUGACAUGUGCCCUCAGCGGAUUGUCAAUGGAUCCGAAGACUGCUUGUAUCUUGGACUAUACUCGAGACCCUGGACCAAGGGACAGCCGCUUCGUCCUGUGGUUGUGGUCUUCUAUGGUGGAGGCUUUAUCCAAGGCAGUGCUUACUUCUCUAUUCCACCAUCAGUCAAUGCUUUCGGUCUCCUCCCAGGUAAAGAGAUCGCCGCAGAUCCACUCUCUGACCUUAACCCAGGACUCCUAGACCAGCACGCUGCCCUGAAAUGGACCAAUAAAUACAUCUCAAGCUUUGGAGGAGACCCCAAGAACGUGUCAAUUUGGGGACAAUCAGCUGGAGGUGGCAGCGUGGUAGCUCAGGUCAUAGCACAGGGUGGAAGAACCAGCCCAUCCUUGUUUUCUAAGGCUUUAGCCUCCUCUCCAUUCUGGCCAAAGACAUACAAAUACAAUGCGCCCCAAGCCCAGGCACUCUACGACUCUCUUGCUAACCUUACUGGUUGCUCUGGGCCGGAUUCACUGCAGUGUCUGAAAACGGUAGACGUGCAGACUAUUCGCAAUGCUUCAUUAACCAUCUCCGGAUCUCAUACCUACAACACCUCAUCUUAUGCGUGGUCACCUGUUAUCGACGGUACAUUCCUGACUCAACCACUCUCUGCCGCCACGGCAAAUGGCCAAGUCAACAUUGAUUAUGGAUUUGGCAUGUACAAUCUGCAUGAAGGCGAGAACUUUAUCCCUCCAGGCUUCCAGCACGCAGUGAGCUCUGGCUCGCCACCGUUCAAUUCAUCAGUCACGUCUCUUGCUGCAUGGUUAAAGGGGUAUCUACCAGGUCUGUCGGAUCGCGAUAGAUCAAGAGCACUGUCCUUGUAUCCAGCACAGGGAUCGGCAGAAGGACUGCCUAGCUACAACACUACCUAUGUUCGGGCAGGUCUUAUUUUCCGAGACACUGUUCUGGCUUGUCCUGCAUAUUGGAUGGCGGGCGCUGCUCGUAAGAAAUCAUACCUCGGCGAAUACACCAUUUCGCCUGCUAAGCAUGCAAGCGACACUAUCUAUACUGAUGCUUUUACAUACCAAGGUUAUGCUGGAGCAUUCGCUUCGUUCUUCGAGACAGGCGAUCCUAAUGCUCACAAACUGACCAACGAGACUGUAGCUGGUGUGCCAGAGUUGCAGACAGAAACGCAGUUUUUGGUCUCCGAGGAUGGGUUUUCUCAAGUGUCUAUUGCGCAACUAAGCCAGCGAUGCGAUUAUUGGAGAAGUGUGGCCCACAAGAUUCCUAUAUGA